AUGACAGGUCCGUCUGAUGAAUCGUCAACAUUCGGUCCCGCUCGAAGAUUGGACGAUUCGAUCUUCGAAUCCAACGAGAAAAACAAUUUUGAAGGAGCCUUAAUGAAGUUAACCAUGAAGCCACCAGCGUUGAAGACGUCCACUACUUAUCCUGAAGUUGAUGUCAAUAGCAUGGUAAAAAAACUGCCGCCAGAUUAUUUAAUGUUUGACAAAAUGAAAGCAAUUCAAGUCGCUGUUGACAAGCAAAAGGCAGCAGAGGCAGAGCGGCGUAUGACUAGCAGGGAACAGCCAGCAGUACCCGAAGACAGUGGAAGACGAAUGAUGCCAAAAGUCAACUUCCCAUCAACGACGUCCACGACGCAGAUAAAUUCCCUACGACUAGCCGUCCCGGACCCACAUUUUCACGCACCAGGUGGUUGGCAAGAGCCGAAGAACUCAGCUUCGAAAUUUGGUCCGUUUGGAGACUACCCUGGACAUUGGACUCUGCCUUCACCGGUCACGACGGCUGGCCCGAUUAGACCCACCAGGCGCAGCACGUACCGUAAUGCCAAACCACCAUCUUUGACACCACCAAGAACGUCGAUUGAAAGCUUUCAAACACCGCCCCAAGAUUUCAAGAAUGACUUCGAAGAUAUCAAUAAGCGUCUUCUGUUUGAUAAAUUCGAUGAUCCCAGCCUCCGAGAAGAAGAAAUGGAACAUAAAAUGAAGAAAAGACCUAACCAGAGCGAGGAAGAUUACGAAGAAGAAAUCAAAGGUAUACCUAUUAGGAAGAAACGAAAUUUAGAAGAUACAACUGUAUACCCUCAUAAGAUUGACCAGACUAUAAACGUUAAGCAGCAAGCCAAUAGCGGAGAUGACGGUGAGGGUCACGCUCAGCGCGAGCUCGAUGGCAAUAUCCUCGCUUGCGUCCGUCCCGUUCAUUCCGACGGCCGCUGCCUAUGUCUGUCUCGCUCUACGCAGCGCUACCUUUUCCAUGGUGCCUUGGUACUUUCGAGAACCAUUGCGGCUAUCUCACUGCUGCUGCUGCGUUCCACCGCAUUUUGGGGGUGA